GCUCUUUCAACAACAACAGCUAGUCAGACACCUCGGUAGCUCUAGCAAAUAUAGAUACAACAUUCACGCUCUUUACACUGUUUUGGCGUAUAUUAGUCGCUGUUACACACUUCUGUCGUAUGUACUUGUUGGCCCAUUCAAUUUUAUAUUUACGUUGUUUGUCAGCUAGCAGGUUUGCUAAGUUAGCUUAGAACUAGGCUAGUCGCUAAUGCUAACAUCCCCGACCAUGAGUUCACUAAGCUGCUCCCCUCCUGCUAAAGAAGAGGCGGUCUGCUGGACAGAGAAAGAAUCUCUCGUGAAAGAGGAGGAGGAAGAGAAAGAUGUUACAAUACAAAAACAAGUAGAGGGUGAGGCUGUUACCGUGAAAGAAGAAGAGAAAGACGUUUCAGUGAAAGAAGAGGAAGAUGCGUUCAGAGUGAAAGAGGAGGAUGUUACAGUAAAAGAAGAGGAGAAAGAGGAGGAUGCAGUUUUUGGAGUGAAAGAGGAGGAGGGGGAGAUUACUGUCACAUUGGAGGAAGAAGAGGAGGUUGGAGCUCUGUUUAACACCAGAGAGAGACGGGACUAUCAUGGAUCCGCUGGGGAGCCUCAACAACCUCAUGAUGCUGACGAGGCAGAACAGAGUCUCUCCAGAUUAGAACACCUCAAGACACACCAGCAGAGACCAACAGGGAAGAAAUCUCACUGCUGCUCUGACUGUGGGAAGAUCUUUUCAAAAUCAUAUACAUUACAAUUACACCAGAUAAUUCACACUGGAGAGAAAUCUCAUAGCUUUGAUCCAUGUGGGAAGAGUUUUACUCCGUCAAGCGGCCUGAAAGUGCACCAUAGAACACACACAGGAGAAAAACCUUAUAGCUGUGAUCAAUGUGGGAAGAGUUUUGUUACAUCUUGCUAUUUGACUGUACACCAGAGAAUACACACAGGAGAGAAACCUCAUGGCUGUACUCAAUGUGGGAAGAGUUUUGCUCAGUCAAGCUGCCUGAUAUCACACCAGAGAACACACACAGGAGAGAAACCUUAUAGCUGUGCUCAAUGUGGGAAGAGUUUUAUUCAGUCAAGUCAUCUGACUAUACACCAGAGAACACACACUGGAGAAAAACCUCAUAGCUGUGAUCAAUGUGGGAAGAGAUUUACUCAGUCAGGCGGCCUGAUAUACCACCAGAGAACACACACAGGAGAGAAACCUUAUAGCUGUGCUCAAUGUGGGAAGAGUUUUGCUACAUCUAGCAAUCUGACUAUACACCAGAGAACACACACUGGAGAGAAACCUCAUAGCUGUAAUCAAUGUGGGAAGAGUUUUGCUCAGCCAAACAACCUGAUAUCACACCAGCGUACCCACACAGGAGAGAAAUAUCAUAGCUGUGAUCAAUGUGGGAAGAGAUAUUCUCGUAAAAGAUCUCUGAUCAAACAUCAGAAAGUACAUACAUGAAGUUGUUUCAUGAUAUCAAUGAAAUAAUGUCACAAUGUAGAAUGUUUUAACAUUGUAGUAGGAGUAUUUUAAUGAUGUCACAAUGGCAUGAUAAUGAUGGCAAAGUUGUCUAAUUACUAUGUCAUCGUAUUUCCAGGCCACUAUAGUGUCUUCUCAGAUAAUGGUAGCUAGCUAACUAGUCUUCUCACUGUUGUUUAAGCCGCAGUCAGAGUCAGUCAGAAUGUCACAAUGUAGAACCCUAAAUGUUUGUCCCCUAUUUAAUUGAUUUCAACAUGAUAUGGAUAUUAGCCUCAGGGGAAAAAUAAAGAGUACUAUUUAUAUGAUUUAACAAAAAGUGACUAACAAAUAAAGCGUUGUGUUACACUCAAAAUGCAACACUUCAAAAUGUAGCUCGCUGUUUUCUACAAAUUGUCCUCUAACCAGUGAUGUACACAUUAUUCCCAGAUUCCGUGUUUUUUGAGCUGUUAGUUUUAACAGGACGUGCAACUUCAUCUCCCUCCUCUCGGCACAAUUGAUUUCAACAUGAUAUCGAAGAGUGAUGCCAAAUAAGUUGCGUUCCUUUGUUUAGCGACCCCUAAAUUUAAAUGCGUCACUCCAAAAUGUAGCUGACUGUAUUCUGCAGGUUGUCCUCUAACCAGUGAGGUAAAAUAUAUCUCCCAUUUCCAUGUGUUUUUGUUUAGUUGUGUUAGUUUCAACAGCACGUACAACCUGAUUUCCCCCCUAAUCGAUAUCAGUGAUUUAUAGCUGCUUGUGAAAUUUAUAAGGUGCUUGUUUAAAAAAAUACAAGUAAUAUGAUUAUUGUGGCAGAUGUUUGUGUAUAUAGCACAUGUUAUGUUUAGGUUUUGAAUUUAUCCCAAAAUGUUUCUGCAUAUUGGUUAUUGAUUUGGACACGUUAAAACUGGGUUUUGACAUUUGACAAAACUGGGUUUUGACACCUAGAAAAAUGUAAUUGAAAUGACUUUGAAAAUAAGACUAUGCAACUAAAUAUUUCAUAUUUACAUUUCAUGUAACAUUUAGUAAUGAUAAUUAUUUAUACAACCAACUGCCAAUUUUUGGUACAAUUAUAUUGACAUUGUUGCCCUGCUUUUAGGAUAUCAGGGUUCAUUCUCAGAUGUGCCAACCCAAAUGUACUAGAGCAUGACAUUGGGGACUGGGCCCCGAUCCAACAACAUGCCUCUAGUGAACCCUGAAAAGAGAGAGAAGCUCCGCAGUGUGGUGGAAAGUUACUAUGGAUAUUUCAGGAGUUUCCUCUUGAAAUCAGACAUGUUCGUUUCAAGGAAAACUUGCUGAUUGUCUCACGGGUGGGCACUCAAAAUGUUUGUGUUUUGCAUUUAGCCAGUGCAUUGCCAUGGAUCACAAUUUAUUAUGACUGCAUGUUUGAGUUUUAGCUAGUGAGUUUUAGGAAGAUGAGAAUUCUAGAAGCUAGUGGGGGGAAAUAUAUUUUUGUUUUUUUGACAGCCAGUAGACACCAUGUUCAUAUUGUAGAAGGUGAAGCAUUGUAGUUGAUUAUAAUUUCAAAAUUAGUUUUAGGAUUCUAGAAAGAAAAAAGAGAAAACUAAUAAGAUUGUAUAUUAUUAUUUAGAAAUAUGUGUUUUUUCUUGUUUUUAAAUUGUUGACAGGAGGUGAUGCAUUUUAGUAUGAAAUGGAAGUUGUUUUCUGUUGGUGGUGAGAACUUGUCCAGCAAAAAUAUAGGAUAUAUUUGUUGUCUUAAGGGGGAAGGUGUUACAGGCUUUGAUUUUUCCAUUUAUGUUUUGAGAUUGGACUUUAGCACAUAUAGCUUGUUAGCACUGUGGGGGAAUUUUCUGUUAAACCUUACUAAUGCUUGUGUCGUAAAAUAUAAUUAUUUAAGCCGAGGCAUUGGGCUUGAGAUUGUUAAAGAACCUUACUCCUAUAACAUAGAAAAGUGUGUUAAUAUAGGCCUGUUCUAACUGUCCUGGGUGUGUAGAAUGACCGCAUGAUGUUCGGACACUCAGCCAAGAAUAUGACAGAAACUGACUGGUUCCUCUUGAUCCUCCACAAAGUAAAGGUUAUAUCCUGCACACCAGUAACAGAGCUGUUGUUUUGGAGCCUGUUUCUGGGGAAAGAUUGUGGUGGAGAAAUCAGAAUUAGCUAAGUAACAUAGAUAAUUACGAUGUCUUAUCUGCAUAAUAUGCUGAUAUGAACUAUUGACCUUUUGUUAUUAGAAUGUCUCCUUUCUGAGUCUGGUGUUGGCAGCUGCACUUCCUCCCUCAAAUGGGCCUCAGUCACCUUGGGUCCAGAGGGGGGAGAAGUCAGGCUUAUCCAUCACAUGUCCCUGUUGUUAUGCAGAAUAUCAGCAUCGAUCACAUGUCCCUGUUGCUAUGCAGAAUAUCAGCAUCUAUCACAUGUCCCUGUUGCUAGGCAGAAUAUCCGUAUCUAUCACAUGUCCCUGUUGCUAUGCAGAAUAUCAGCAUCGAUCACAUGUCCCUGUUGCUAGGCAGAAUAUCAGCAGGGAGUUAGGCAAAGGAGAUCAGAAGGAAACAUUGUUUCCAUAUGUGAACUGUGUUUAUUGCAAACCAUGUGAAGGGAUGGCGUGAGUAAUGGGGAACCAAUCACUUGUCUCCACAGUGUCUGUGCGUCAGUCACCUCCUCCUAGUGGGAGAUUGUAUUUGGGAACCAAGGUCUGGCACAGGAUGUGGGGUUGGUGUUUGGAACCAUUGUAUGUCGUCUCUGAGGUUGCACCUAUCCUGAGAUAGUAUAUAACCCAGAAGCAAGCCUCCUUGUUAUAACAAGUCUUUUAAUAAAAGUAAAACCUUGAUUGAUUAUUAA